AUGCUUAAGAGGAAGAGUUUGCACCUCUUUCUGUUUUUAUUGGCUCUGUUGGUGUGCUGCUCCUGUGAAUGCUUGUCAACUGGCACCGAUGCUGAAGCUGCUAACAACGCCUUACAACCCAACCAGUAUGCUGGUGUUAAUGGUUUUGUUGUUGAUUCCUAUAAGCGUGGUACGCCUGGUGGACCUCUUGCAGAUAAUUACGAUCAUUACCCUGGUGUUGAUGGCAAGUCCAUAGGACAUAAUAAAACCAUUGCAGAACAAUUGGGGAUCAAACCUGGUGUAGCUGUUUCUCAAGUUUCUUCUGCUUCUCCUGCUCCUGCUGGUGAGUCUUUAUGA